GUCAAAGUAUUAUGUUUACCGCAAAACCAAGUAAGGCAAUAUUUCGAAUGAAGAAAUCAAUAAAAUUUACCACAUACUUACUUCAAAAGACAUUAUACUCCUCAAUUCGACCAAGAAAUUUACUUAAAAAUCAAAUAUCAUGUCAUGCUCCUUAUACAUCACAAAUUGGUUCAUUAGCACGUUCAUUUUUUACUUCAGCAUUACCACCUGUUAACAAAAUUUUUUUGAAUCAACCAUCAUUCAUUCUUUCCCCUCAAAUAUAUAAUAAAGAGAGAUAUUUUAAUAAUUCUUUUUCAAAAAAUUUUUUGUCAACAACAAAAGCAUUUAAACCACAUUCCUCAAAAUCACAAAAAUUUUUUGAUUCCACAACGUCAAUUAAUAAACCAACUUCGACUACGGGAACGUCUUCAACUUCAACAGCUAUUUCAACAAGUCAUCAAAAUCACUCUUCUAUAAUAGAUUUUUAUGAAAAACCACUUUCUAUUACUAAAAGAAACUCAUUUAUAUUAAAUCAUGGUGGAUCUGGUAUUCCAAAACAUUCAGAAAAAUUAAUUACAACCAAGAAUGAUGGAGAAUAUUAUAGUGUAGGAUGUGGAGAGGAUAGCUUUUUUGUGAGAUAUGAUUCCUUGGGUGUAGCUGAUGGAGUUGGUGGUUGGCGUAAC